GCGCUAGAAACUGCCGGAGUGACGCGCUGAGGAGGAUCCGCACUUUCGGCGGCGGAGUGUUGCUACUCUGUGAGGGCGCCGCGGGACGGAGAAAGAGCAGCCAUCAUGGUGAAGGAGACGGGUUACUACGACAUCCUGAGUGUGAAGCCCAACGCCACUUCAGAUGAGAUCAAACGGGCAUAUCGCAAGCUGGCACUGAAGUACCACCCCGACAAGAACCCCAGCGAGGGAGAGCGGUUUAAGCUCAUAUCCCAGGCUUAUGAAGUUCUGUCAGACCCCAAGAAAAGGGACCUCUAUGACCAGGGUGGGGAACAAGCUAUUAAAGAAGGCGGCUUAAGUGGCGGCGCUUUCUCUUCACCCAUGGACAUCUUUGACAUGUUCUUUGGUGGUGGAGGCCGAAUGAAUAGAGAGAGAAGAGGCAAGAAUGUGGUGCAUCAGUUGAGUGUCAGUCUUGAAGACUUGUAUAAUGGGACAACGCGGAAACUGGCACUUCAGAAGAAUGUAAUUUGUGACAAAUGUAAAGGCUACGGUGGGAAGAAAGGGGCUGUGGAGAAGUGCCUGACGUGCAAAGGGCGAGGGAUGCAGGUGAUUGUGCAGCAGAUUGGGCCGGGCAUGGUGCAGCAGAUCCAGACAGUCUGCCCCGACUGCAAAGGCCAAGGCGAGCGCAUCAACCCCCGGGACAGGUGCACCACCUGCAAUGGCAACAAAGUGGUGCGGGAGAAGAAGAUCUUAGAAAUUCACAUUGACAAAGGUAUGAAAGACGGUCAGAAAGUCAUGAUUCACGGGGAAGGCGAUCAGGAGCCAGAUCUGGAGCCCGGAGACGUCAUCAUUGUGCUCGAUCAGAAGGACCACCCCGUGUUUCAGAGAAGAGGCCAGGACUUUAUUAUGAAAAUGAGCAUUCAGCUCACAGAAGCCUUGUGUGGUUUCAAAAAGACAAUAGAGACGCUGGACGAGAGAGUCCUCGUAAUCUCUUCCAGGCCAGGUGAGGUGAUAAAACACGGAGACCUCAAAUGCAUCCACAGCGAGGGGAUGCCAAUUUAUAAAAAUCCAUUGGAAAAGGGUUCUCUAAUUAUACAGUUCUUGGUUGUAUUCCCGGAGAAAGACUGGCUCCCCAAGGAGCGGCUGUCUCUGUUAGAAGCUCUGCUCCCUCCCCGGGAAGACGUCAUGAUCACAGACGACAUGGAUCAGGUCGACCUCAUGGAGUUCGAUCCCAGGGAGCGGCCUCACCACCGGCACAUGGAAGCCUUCGAAGAGGAUGAGGAGGGGCCGAGAACAGGCGUGCAGUGCCAGACAUCUUAAGCACAGAGGCGCUGAGGGGACUUUUUAGGAAUGCAGCAGCCUGGGUUUCGGAAGCUAGCGGUGUCACCCCAUGAGUUACUGGGCAUCAUUUUUAAAGGACACUCUUCCGCAUUACCUUGUUCCAAUGUUAAAAGACUGGUGUGUGCGUGUGUAGUUUAAGAUAGGGUGUUAAAUGACACGUCUGGAUACUCCUGGGAGGCGUCAAAACCCCCCCACACUAUUUAUGUAUAACUUGCAGCUUGAAUAUGGUAUUUCACUUGAAGUUGUCAUUAUUCUUGGAAGUUUAUUCCUUGAAAUAAAACUUGAGGACCAUU